GUAUAUCUCCAGAGAGUCUCAACCAGAAGAUCGAACAAGUACAAGUGAGCGAGACGCAUCUAGUUGAGUUGAAGGGGGGGGCGCAUAAUACUACCCGAAACACGCGAUGGCUGCUAGUCAACCCCUUUCUUCACCAACAACCGAUCGAAUCCACGUCUUCUGGCACGACGGGAUGCUGGCCCACGACGCCGGAACCGGCGUAUUCGACUCCGGAAUCGACCCGGGGUUCCUCGACGUACUCGAAAAGCACCCUGAAAACUCGGACCGGGUCAGGAACAUGCUCUCUAUCCUCGAAAGGGGUCCCAUCUCCCCUUACAUUUCAUGGCACUCGGGCCGGCCCGCUCUCAUCCCCGAAUUGCUCACUUUUCACACGUCAGGGUACGUGAACGAACUAGUUGAAGCGGAUAGAAAUGGAGGGAAGAUGAUUUGCGCAGGGACUUUCUUGAAUCCCGGAUCAUGGGACGCUGCACUUCUAGCUGCUGGUACUGCACUGUCAGCAAUGAAGCACAUACUUGAUGGGCUUGGAAAUAUUGCUUAUGCACUAGUUAGACCACCUGGCCAUCACGCUCAGCCGACUCAAGCUGAUGGUUAUUGUUUUAUUAAUAACGCGGGUCUUGCUGUUCGGUUGGCUUUGGAUUCUGGUUGUAAAAAAGUUGUGGUUAUCGACAUUGAUGUCCACUAUGGGAAUGGGACUGCUGAGGGGUUUUACCGCUCUGAUAAAGUUCUCACUGUUUCCCUGCAUAUGAAUCACAGUUCCUGGGGUCCGUCUCAUCCGCAGAGUGGAUCUGUUGAUGAGCUUGGUGAUGGAGAUGGAUUUGGUUACAAUUUGAAUGUACCUCUACCAAAUGGAACUGGAGACCGAGGAUAUGAGUUUGCCUUGACAGAGUUGGUCAUCCCUGCAGUUGAAAAGUUUCAGCCUGGUAUGAUUGUUUUGGUAGUUGGCCAAGAUUCAAGCGCUUUUGACCCAAAUGGGCGGCAAUGCUUGACAAUGGAGGGCUAUCGAGAGAUCGGGCAAAAAGUUCGUAGUCUGGCAGAUAAGCACAGCAAUGGAUGCCUAUUGAUUGUUCAAGAAGGUGGAUAUCAUGUUACAUAUUCAGCAUAUUGUCUUCAUGCAACACUUGAAGGUGUGCUCGACCUUCCACAUCCUCUGUUAUCUGAUCCCAUUGCUUAUUACCCAGACGAUGAGGCCUUUUCCAUUGAAGUCAUUGGAUCCAUUAAACAGUACCACAAUGAUGUCGUACCGUUCUUGAAAGGCACCUAGUUCGGGUCAUUGUGUGGAAGCUCUUGUUUCUUUGUACGACUAGGACCAGCUCAAUGGUAUUUGAUCUUUAUGGGACAGAGCAUGGUAUCUAUUGCUAAUACGGGCUGCUGUCUCCUCCUUUCAAGGAAAUUUCAGGGCGCAACGAUAAAGACUGGCCCAAUGUGACUUGGUGCUCAUGGGUUCGCAAAAGCAGCCUUUCUGUCUAUGGGAGUAGGGUUGUGAUAUCCAACCUUUUUCCAGCCAGAUCUUCAGUAACGGGAGUCUCGUUCGCUAGAUAGCUCUUUGGCUAGAGGAGGGGGCGAGAUGAGUAGGAAGAUUCUUUUGUUUAGUCUUUGGUUCUUUUUAUGGAUUUUUCUUUGGUGGACUUGUUUUCCCCUUCUCCUGUUUCAUUUCACAAAAUUUUCUCUUGUUUUGGAAAAUUUAGUGUUGCAGUGAUGAGGGAAAACAACUCAUGUUAGUUUGUAACUUGUUGGUAAAAUGUAGAAUCCUUUCGAUAAUUCAGAGCCAUUAUCUAA